UAAACGAAGUGUCGCAACACAAUUUAAUAUAACACCAAAACAAUUACGUGAGUGGAUUAAAAAAAAAAUUGAAUUAAAAAAUAUUCCACCUUAUAUAAAAUGGUUAAAUAUUGGUGCGCAUUCUAAGUAUCCGCUUUUAGAAGUUGAUAUUAAAAAUUGGGUUAAAUCUUUAUGUUCACAACAAAAAAUUGUGUCUAGACAAAUGAUUAGAACAAAAGCUAAACAACUUGCAAGUCAGUCAUGUUUUGUUUCACUUUAUCCAACAAUCAAUAAAUGCAAGUGGGGUGAAAAGUGA